CUAGAUGGUGAGUGGAUUGAAAGAUCAGGAAGAAUUUGGAGAGCCACACAAUUCGGUAAUACCUUCCAAUGGGUUCAAGAUGGUACUAAUAGAAAUGCUACUGGUAUAGCUGUGCCAUUGAACGGGGGAUUACAAUGGGUCUUAUUUGCAACAUUUGAUGGACAUGCCAAUAUGAAGUUUGUUCCUUCAGUUGAUGGGUCACAAUUAGUAGCAACUAAUGAGACCUUUACUAGAAUUCAUUCUAUGAAUUAUUCAACUGGAUUGUCUCAACCAGCUUCAACUGUUUGGAAAUGUACUAUGCAUGAAGGAGGACAUUUUGUUUUGAAAAAUCAAACCGAUGGAAGAAUUUGUGAUACCUACACUGUUCGUGAUAACAAUAGAAAUGUAUUUGUAUUGUAUUUGGUUUUCCAAAAUCAAGGAAGUGAACAAAUUCUUAAGGUUGAAACUAUGGAUAUUAAUACAUGGCAAUUGCCUAAUGGUGAUUGUUUUAGAAGAACU